AUGCAACAGCCCAUUGACAUACCUCAGCGUAGACAGUCCUCUUCUUCUGCCGCACCCGCCGCGCUUCACUCCCAAACCAGCGAUCCGCAUGUCCUAUUCGGAUCGCCAGACCCGCUGAAUAUCCAAGACCAACUCCUCGGUGCACCUACCCCACGUUCCACCAGUCAACCUCUUCCAUCCCCCGUACAACGCAGAAGAGCAGUAUCGGCACAACAUGGUAGUCCGCGAGCCCCGCCUCGCGAACGGCAUCCCGACCACCAAUGGUCGCUCUUCGGCCAGAUGAUGGAGAACCAAGGGCAUUUCCCUGGCACCCCUAGUUCUGCACUCAGCUGGCGUGAUAUCGAUGGAGACUAUUUCACUCGCGAUUUGUCUACUUUGUACGGGUCAUCUCCUCGAGUGCAGAGUGGCAGCAACUUGCGUAGUCAGACGGGGCUGUCAGAAGAGCAAGAUGGUAUCGGCUUCAGUGACGCGUCAGAGUCAUCUCGUGUAGCAUCGGCAGACGCUUUGCAUCCAGAUGAAGAAUACGAUUCGGAUGACUACUCUUCUUCGACAUCUACUCUCCAUCUGGCAGUGUCCCCCAGACGCUCAUUCUUUUCCUUUCCCUCUCUUGAACGGGCGUGUCUCUCGGCGAUAACAAGGAACGUCUUAAAAUGCGGCAUCUCGUAUUUGCUUGCAUCUUUGUUCACAUUUUCGCCAUAUUUUUCAAGGCUGAUAGCUGACCUCAAUGCUUAUGGGCCCGGAAAGCCACCAACUAGCUCCCCCAGUGGGCAUCUGGUAGCAACGAUUGCCGUGUACUUCAAUCCUGCCAAGACAGUGGGGGCAAUGAUAGAGGCAGAUUUAUUUUGUCUCUUCGGCCUGUUCUAUGCUGCUUUUGUCUGUCUGCUGGCGAUGACUUUGUUCUGGUGGUUAGAACUCAAAUCUGGGUGGGAGUGGCUGGGUGACCUCAUAGUGGUUAUUCUCAUUGGGGUUAGCAUGAGUGUGUUGGCAUGGAUGAAAGUCUGGAUGGAAAAUCCGUCGUUCAACACAGCCUGCAGCAUGACCGCUAUUAUCAUGUUUGUCGUUCUUGUAAAAGAAGGCGAUCUAACGGAACUCCUCCAAGUGACUGCGAUUGUGCUCUUCGGUUCUGCAAUUUCCAACCUCGUCUGCUUCCUUUUGUGGCCUCAGAAUGCGAUAUCCAAUCUGCAAAACAGCAUGACGCAAACCCUGGAAUCAUUUUCGACCUUGUUACCGAUGAUUACAAAAAUCUUCCUCCUGGAAAAUGACACAGAGUCGCAUAUUUUGGACAUGGAAAAGGUUCAGAAGGCUGUUGAAAGUCAUCAAAACAGCUUUACUAGUCUCCGAAAGAACCUUCGAGAGGCUAAAAGCGAGUGGAUUUUCACUCGCGCCUAUGAGGAUGUGGCACAUGACUUUAGUGCUGGGACUGGAUCAUCCAGCGUGUCGGGACGGGAGUCAUACGAAGAAGCUGUCGAUUGUUUGAAUCGGCUUGGUCAGCAUCUCAAUGGGUUGCGUAGCGGAACGCGCCUCCAGUACGAGUUGACCAAAGCCGGUUUAAAGAGGCAGGCAGACAGACGGGGAAAUGGCGAUCUUUCUCAUCCAAGCGAUUCUCGUGCAGUCGAAGACGAACAAGUAUUGCUCAAGGCGGCGGCAGCUAUGUUUGGAGACUUGGUUGAUGAACUAGGUCCGCCCAUGCGCGCGUUGGCCUCUGCAUCCACCUCGACUCUCAAUCGCUUACAAGAGGUCUGCUUGCAAUCAAAGCAGAAUUUAAAGCGGCAUUCUGUCAUGGAACCUCAUGAAUUUGCAGAUCUUGUGGAUGGCAUAGAGGCAGCAUUAGUGCGAUUCGAAAGCACGUCAAACCAUGCCGUCCUGCGUUUAUACCGACGAAGUGACGCAAGUCAAUAUGUCCGGCCAUCCACGUCCUCGAGCGAGAGCGUCGCCGGGUCCUCUAGCGAAUCACGGCUCACCGAGGGAGACAACGAAAAUGUUUUCUUGGUGUACUUCUUUAUCUUUACCCUCCAGGAGUUUGCAAAAGAGCUGAUAUCACUCGUGGAUGCCAUCGAAAAGAUCUAUUGCUACGAGCAGAGUAUGGUUCGACGGAAGCCAUGGUGGUUUAGAAUAACGGCUACGAUCCGGCAUUGCUUCUCGAGCGUCUUCAAAACGAAAGCCGUCGAAGGUGGUCGAAGAACAAUGAACAUCAGGAAGAGUUUCUCCUAUAUGAUCCCCCCCAAUCGUAUCGCGCAUCCUUCUUUCCCAAAGGUCAAGCCACACGCUCCUGAUACAAUCCAAACGCCUGGCCGAAACCAAUUGUCAUUCUUGGGGAAGGUCUAUCAUACACUUUGGUCGAUAGGAAAACGAUUGAAAGAAAGAGACACCAAGUACGCCAUCAAGGCCGGAAUGGCAACCGCUGUGCUUGCAGCACCAGCCUUUGCGGAAGCGACUAGGCCCAUUUUUCUCGAAUACUGGGGUCAUUGGGCCUUAAUUUCUUUCUUCGUCGUCCUUUCACCCACCAUUGGUGCAACCAAUAAUUUGAGCUUGCAACGUAUUCUUGGUACUUUAUUUGGUGCGGUCUCAGCUGUAGGGAUAUACGCCUUGUUCCCAGACGAAGCUGUGAUUCUGUCAAUUUUCGGCUUCCUGUUUUCUCUCCCAUGCUACUACAUUGCCGUCGCGAAGCCGAAAUAUCUGUCUGCUUCACGAUUCGUGCUUCUCACGUACAAUCUCACAUGCCUCUACAGCUACAAUCUGAGACAAAAGGAUGUUUCCGUGCUCGACAUUGGAAUUAGUCGUGCGAUUGCAGUUGCUGCAGGCGUACUCUGGGCUGCGUUUGUGUCUCGCUUUUGGUGGCCAGCAGAGGCACGGCGAGAGUUGACGAAAUCUCUGAGCGAGUUUUGCCUGAAUAUGGGAUGGCUCUAUACACGACUAGUUGCUUCCAACUCGUUCGCACCCGAAUACCGAGAUGAGGACCAAGCCCAGCAAAACAGUACUGCUCUCGACACAAGACGAACUCGGCUUUCUAACUCGGUCCACGAGUUCAUGGCCAUGGAAUUGCAUCUGCAAAUCAAGCUCAUCGAGUUGCAAAGUCUGCUUGCACAAGCUCAGCAUGAACCGCGGUUAAAGGGCCCGUUUCCGGUGAACUUAUAUCGCCAGAUCUUAAUCAGCUUGCAGACGAUCUUGGACAAGCUGCACAGUAUGCGGUGUGUUACAACUCGCGAAGAAUGGUAUACAAGCGUCCGACACGACUUCAUCAUCCCGGUCAAUCGCGAACGGCGAGAGAUGGUUGGCAAUAUCAUGCUCAGUUUCACGACAUUAUCCGCGGCUUUUCGUCUGAAGGCGCCUCUUUCUCCGUAUCUACCUCCGGUAGAACAAUCAAGAUUAAGAUUGGUCGAGGCCAUUCGACGAUUGGAUGUGGUAAAAAAUCGUGAUGUAAAAUUCUCUCGGCAGCUUCUCUUCUUUGCGUACGCCCUUACGAUGAAGGGAGUAACUAUGGAACUGGAAUCUCUGGGGCGGAUUCUCCAGGAUGCAUUCGGCGUCAUUGGGCAAACGGCGGAUGAAUUUGAAAUGCUGUUUUACCCGGACGCAGAGUCUCAAAGGACUAUAGAACAUGUAGCAUAG